AUGUGUCUGGCAGACUGCUUUUUCCAACGCCACUUUUGCCUAUCAUGGCCAUCAACACCGCACCAAAAGCCAUCGCGCUAGUUUUUCUCAGCAUAGCAUUUUACAACUUUCUCGAGCUUAAUGUAUACAUUCUCACACUCUUCCGCCGACGGAGCGGCCUCUACUUCUGGAGUUUUACUGUUGCAACAUGGGGGAUUGCCUUCAACUCGGCCGGCUAUGCGCUGAUGCACCUGGCCAAUAUACCGCAAAAGAACCUAUACGCCACACUUAUCCUCAUAGGAUGGUGCACCAUGAUUACAGGGCAAUCAGUGGUGCUAUACUCUCGUCUUCAUAUUGUCAUGCACAAUCUUAAGAAGUUGCGGGCGGUGUUGAUUAUGAUUAUCGUCAACGCCAUCUGGCUACACAUUCCAGUCAUCGUCAUCGUCUACGGAAACAACUCGGCCAACCCCGAACCAUUCGUCCAGCCAUACAAAAUCUACGAGAGAAUCCAGCUAAGCGUCUUCAUCGCCCAGGAACUCGUGAUCUCGGGUCUAUACGUAUACGAGACCGUAAAACUUCUUCGAUUGGAACGGACCAUCGGCAACAUGGGUACGCAAAGCUUACUCCAACAUCUCAUCUUCGUAAACUUCCUUGUCAUUCUACUCGACUUCAGUAUCCUAGGCCUCGAAUUCGCCGAUCUCUUCGAAAUCCAGACGUCGUGGAAGCCCCUUGUCUACAGCGUCAAGCUCAAGCUCGAAUUCAGCAUACUCAACCGCCUCGUAAAGCUGACCAGGAACGCGAGAAGUCACAAUGCCAGCUACUACAGCCACGGAGACCGGACCGGAGGUGUUGCGCUAGGAACGUACAAGGGCAAAGGUCUUCAGAGGUCUACGGUACAGGGCGAACCAGACCAAUGGCAGGUCCACGUCACUGGAGGCAAGUCACACAUUGACGCGCUCCCAUCAACAGUCGUCAAGACAACUGAAUUCACGGUUCAAAGCCACAGUCGCCAUGCCAGCAAGACGAGCCUGGCAGAAAGUGGUGAGGAGAUAUUGAAUCAUUCACCUCGCGACCCCGAGGGGCAAAGUGAGGCGUCAGAAUUGUCAGAUCACCGGUAUGGGAGGUUUGACAGUCACCACCAUAACGAACAACGACAUGAGCCAGCAUGGCAAUGAUGUUAGGAUUUCCUUGUAUUAAUAUUUUCUUGUAACGAACCCAUACCACAUGUCUCAUUUGUUUCUAUCAAUAUUCAACCCUAUUAGGACUAUUAUCCCA